GCUUCCUUCGGCGGCGUAUCGAGAAAUCUAUUCGUGAGGCUUUGGAUGAGGCACUCAUCUUUGAAAACAAUAAUCCGACCAACGUUCCAACCACGGUUUCACAAGCGAUUGAUUUCACUAACCACAGCAGCGCAGUCUGAUGGUUUCACCGAUACUACUACGCACUCCACGAUCGACACUGAUGAGGCAGAGAAAUUUAGACGUCUCUCCACACAGUGGUGGAAUCCAACAGGUGAGCUGCACGCUUUGCACUCGAUGAAUCGCCUCCGAAUACCCUUCAUACGAGACGGUUUGCGACCGCCCGAAGUGGCACAGGACACAACAAAACCCAAGGAAUACACCUACGCUCCACUGGCGGGAUUGCGCAUAGUAGACGUCGGGUGUGGUGGUGGCAUUCUGUCAGAGCUGUUCUGUUUGGUUGGACAAAUUUCACCACAGCGAACUGUCCUACGCGUUUUUUGUAUUUCGGAACAGCCUCUGGCAGCAAUUGGCGCUAAUGUGUUGGGAAUAGAUCAAGUUGAAGAGACCAUCCGGACCGCUCAGAGCCACGCCGAAAUGACUGCACGUAAGUGGCCUUCACCUACAUUUCGUCCACCUGAAUACCGGUUGGUGAGCCUUGAGCAGUUGUCCGAAGAGAUGCCCGGGCAAUUUGACGCGGUUGUGAUGUCCGAAGUCGUCGAGCACGUGACUCACUGGGAGGAUUUAAUCAAGCAUGCCGUCACAAUCUUGAAACCCGGUGGGAUGCUCUUUCUAACCACCAUCAACCAAACAGCAGCGUCCUUUCUGUUUGGUAUUGUGGGUGCUGAGUACAUCGCCCGCGUUGUUCCUCGGGGAACCCACGAAUGGCAGAAGUUUGUUUCUCCAGUCCGUUUACAAUCAGCCAUGAUCAAAAACGGUCUACAUCCGAAUAAAUUCGUCGGCAUGUGUUACAACCCUUUAACGGAUCGCUGGUCCUGGAACAAAAGCAUGGCGGUCAACUAUGCAGCCAGUGCUGUGAAAAUCUGAUCCUGUCUUUGCACUUGGUUACUGUGCUGUCUUCCUCAUCGAAAUUGAACUUGUAAAUAUAAA